AACCAUACGGAACGUCUGCUCCCGUGCUCAGGUUUCCGUCUGUCAGGUUGUAACCGUCGCUCCGCUCUCCGCUGGCUCGCUGCAGUAUGCAGGCGGGUAAAAACAUAUUUCCCGCUAAAACUGGAGAGUUCAUUGGGUUAUGACUAAACGGGAUUAUUGGUAGACAACCCCGGGGAACGAAUCUGCAAUUUACAUUAGGCUGUAGGACGGUUAAUAGAGAGAAAAGCGAUGUUAGAGCGGGCGGAGUGCUACGCCUUCACGGCGCUGUGCAGCGUCAACUUCUUCAUAUCGUGUUUAAUCUUCUCCUCUGUGAGCCGAGAGCAGAGAGAGCCUUAUAUGGACGAGAUCUUCCACAUCCCACAGGCUCAGAAAUACUGCCAGGGCAAGUUCAACCAGUGGGAUCCCAUGAUCACUACACUGCCUGGCCUGUAUCUGCUGUCUGUGGGAGUGAUUAAACCAGUGGUAUGGCUGGCAGACUUCUCUGGGGCGGUGGUGUGCUCCACUGCCAUGCUGCGCUUUAUCAACCUGCUGUUUAACUGUGGGAACCUCUACAUCCUCUAUCUCAUCAUCUGCAGGCUACACUUUAAGGACAAGUCCCGCUUGGCUGCUCGGAGAGUUCUCUCAGCCCUGACCCUGUCCACCUUCCCUGUGCUCUACUUCUUCACCUUCCUCUACUACACCGACGCCGGCUCCACCUUCUUCACCCUCUUCGCCUACCUCAUGUGUCUCUACGGGUGUCACAAAGCCUCGGCCCUGCUGGGAAUCUGCGCCAUCCUUUUCCGACAGACCAACGUCAUCUGGGUUGCGUUCUGCGCCAGCACGGUGGUGGCUCAGAAGAUGGACGAGGCGUGGCGGGUGGAGCAGUCAAAGAAGAGGGAUGAGAAGACCCCCUCUCAGGUCCCACUGUCUGUCAGUGGCGUGAGGAGGGUAGUGAAUUUUUUGUUGUAUUAUUUUACGACACCGGCCAAUGUGAAGACGGUGAUCUUGGUGGCAUGGCCGUAUGGCUUAGUCGGUGCUGGUUUCGUUACGUUUGUGGUGCUGAAUAAUGGAAUUGUGGUUGGGGACAGGACUAGUCACGAGGCUUGUCUGAACUUCCCUCAGCUUUUUUAUUUCUUCUCCUUCACGCUGGUCUUCUCGCUUCCCGCCUCACUUUGCUACCACAGGCUGGUCAGGUUCGUACAGUCUCUGAGAAAGCACCCCUUCUUGUUUCUGCUGAUGGCAGCUCUGUUCUUGCUGCUGAUCUGGAAGUUCACUUACGUCCACAAGUACUUGCUGGCGGAUAACAGGCAUUUUCCUUUCUAUGUCUGGAAGCGGAUCUUCCAGAAGCACCAUUUGAUCCGGUUCCUCCUUGUUCCUGGCUAUUUGUUUGCAGCCUGGAACUUUUACGACACUCUAAAGUUCAAGUCGCUGUUUUGGCUCUUAGCACUUUCUGUAUGUUUACUGGCAGCUACAGUUCCUCAGAAACUGCUGGAAUUCCGCUAUUUCAUCCUGCCGUAUCUCCUCUACAGAGUACACAUCCCUCUUCCAUCUCUUCCUAGACUGCUGCUCGAAUUUGCUCUCUACACAGCAGUCAACGCAGCCACGCUCUACAUAUUCAUCUACAAGACAUUUCACUGGCCUGAUAGCUCUGCAGUGCAGAGAUUCAUGUGGUGAAAUUUGAACACUGUAAUCAGUUCACUUCUUUUUUCUUUUUUUUUUGGUACUGAAGAUCAGGAAAAGAAAAAAAAGAAAUGACUCCCUUUUUUUUCCUUUUUCCCCACGGCUCUCACCAGGUACCAGGUACCUUCCUACUGCAGAAUCAUGUCAGCAGAAGAACAUUCGAAAACCAAAAGAGACAUUGAAUAUGUAUUACAGCAGUUUUCUUUUGUUCUCAGUCUUUGUCCUGAAGUACCACAUAUAUUAAACUGUGUUCAAACUGCAGGCAAAUGUACUUUACUUGAUUUUAUUUCUUAAAUCAGAUAAAAAUAAGUUGAGAUUAGUGUUGCUCCGAUUUGACUGAUGCUCUACUUGUAUUGGUACAGUUACUGGCACUGCACACACCAUAUCAUUCUCAUCAGUAAAGAGCACUGAUACUAUGAAGCCGUUACUGACACACAUUUUUUUAUAACUCCGAAAGUUUUCGAAUUUGCAGUUACUCAACCAUUAAAUGCUGUUCUUUCAAAAUUGUAUAUCUUUUUUGAGAUAUAAAAUACUACAUGUACCCAAAAUAAAACUAUGGACUGUAAAAUAUAAUGCUAAAAAAAAAAACUCUGAAGUAAUUUAAUCAGAGUUUGUAUUGAUAUUGCUACUCAGUACUCAGUAUUUACUACCCCCAUUGAUUGUCCACAUGUUAAUUGCAGUUGUUCAGAUCAGAUUUGCCUGUCUGAACAUCACAAGUGUAUCUGUACGAGUUUGACAUCAGUAAGGCAAUGGUCACACACAAGGUAAAUGCAGCCCAAAUAUGAUCUUUUAUGCCAAAUGUGACACAGGUAUUUCGUUUGGGUGGCUUGGUACUAAAAUCCGGUGCAUAUCCGACUUUGAAGGCAUAAAAAUAGGCUACAAGUAUAGUGGAAAAUGGCUGUGAGUAAACGAGAAAAUAAUCAGUAAUACUAGAAUUAGACUCAUGUCUCAGCCUUGUGGUGUUCUUAAUAAUUUGGCUGAACGUGGCUAUAGAUCAUGACUGCAGGGUCCAAAAAAAACUUGUCCAUGAUAGAAAAAUACGUAAUUGUAUUUAAUAAGAUUAUUUCUCAUGUAGUGAGGAACACAAAGGCAUCCAGACUAAGACAAAUCUUUCAAAACUUACAAAUCAGUUUCAAAUUACUUCCAAAUGUAGCAAAAAUGCAGUUUCUGGCUUUUCUGACUAUCACAAUCAAUAUAAAUACAGUCUAGUUAUGCCAAAACUCAGAUUUGUGCCAGCAGUCUGAACAAAGCCAACAUUUCUCUUUCUACUAAGUCACCUGAUGCAGCUAAUGAACUAAUUAGGUCACCCUUCCAGAAGUGAAUGGGCCUGUUAGAUCAGGACUAGAGAACCCUCCAGAACUAGAACCGAGAACCACUGGAUUAUGGGAUAAUGUGUUCAUUAAUAUCUAUGUUUGAAAACACAAGGUUUUUUUGGCACUUACUUAACUACAGUACUGUUCAGAAAACAGCUGUUGCAGUUAAAAUUGUUCUGUUUGUGUUAAAAUGCUGAUCUCAGCAAUAAAUUUGUUUACACCUCUAAAAAUACUGUAUAGCAGUAUACAUCUGCACUGGUUGGCUAUUGAAUUGUUGGCUGCCUUGAUCCAGCUAAUCACUAUGGGCUGGUUUCCUAAACAGAUUCAAAGUGCUGUAUAGUCCAGGACUAGGUUAAUCACAGAAAACCAGCCCUAUAUUAAUUUCCACCAGCAGCUCAUUUGAUUUACUUAAAGUAAGGACUGUUUAAUUGAUAACUAGGUGUUUGAUGAGGACAGGGAAUACUGAGCUUCUUCUAGUUCUCUUAAUGUUUUAAGAAGCAGAUAAGAAAAGGGGUGGAUGGAUUUUUUUGUCUUUAAUAUUAAAUGUUCUACACAGUUGAAUUGUGUUGUCUUUUUCAAAUGAUUCCUUAAGUGUCCUCGUCUUUAUUCACUGCCAUUUGAGUCGCCUGUCGUGGACCAAGCACAAGCAUCAUCUUUUUAAUGUGAUUCGACAAGUUGUUUGUUUUUUCUUCAAGUUAUACUGGUUCUGCCUUGUUUACCCUUAAGAUGAAUCGCCAUAAAUACUGAUGCCAGUUCUUUUAAACUUUAAACCCUGUUAGAUACAGAUAAAACACGUCAGUCAGUUUAGUCUUAAUUUCUUUACCUGAAUGUUUUUCCUUUCACUCAUAUGAAUUCUCUUUGUAUUUGUGAAGGUCCUUGUUCUCCAUUGUCAGUGUUCAUUUGCAAACCCACUGUUCUGAUGCAAUAAAGAAAGAAUUUUAAAUUUA